AUGUUCUUCCAGAGUCCAAGACCGUUUGGACAGCAUUCUACGUCAUAUCGUUCGAUGAGUAGCAAUAUACAUUCAUCAUCUAGUAUGACCAGUUUACAAAUGCCAGAACCGAAAAGUGGACGGACCAGUGCACCACCAAUCAGUUUUGCAUCUGUUUAUGAGGGUAACCGUUUUGGUCUAUCUGGACCACGAAUGGAUCAUACUUCUAUUAAAAAUUCGAAUUUCGAGAAAACGAGAAUUUCCGAACACUCAAGUUUGGUUGAGAUUAUUAAGAAUGUGGAAGGAGAUCGAUCAAAUAUUGUCAGCUCAGCUGGGACGUCCACAGCUGGUUUCAAAAAUUAUGAGAAACAUAAGGCUACGCCCUUACAUGAUUCAACUGAUUCAGGCGGAACUUCUGAUCAGAAUUUGAAUAUUCUCCAGCCAGAAGGACGUAAUCUAGUAUCAAAGAGUAAUGUAUUCCAGGUUGUUAACCAACAGUUACCAUCUUGGGUACGCCAAACACAAUCUCGAGAACCGCAAUCAGAACAAACUUUACAGAAUGUUAAUCAAUAUCGCAAAGAAUAUCGUCGGCCGAAUACUAAUAACCAAUGUAAUCGUUUUUGUUCAGAUUCAGCGGUAGAUUUUGCUGAUCAUGCUCCAAAGUCGGUAGCAAUUCAGUCGCAAUCGGCACCCUUUUUCAGCACUGGUGGAUAUACCAGUAUGCGUGGACCAACCCAUGAUCAUGAAAGUUUUUCCGAAACACGGGUCAGCAGUUCUCAGUUUAAUGCAUCUCAGGUUCCAUUUAAUGAACAACAGCAACAACAACAACAGAAGCCAAUUGCCUAUCAUCAGUUGGAAAGACGUAAAAAUUAUGCAACGUUACAUCACAUAGCGUCACCAAAAAUUGGGCCAUUGCAAAGGCGUAUAUCAGAUCCAAAUUUGAAAAAGAUCAAUGGCAAUGACUUACCAGAGAAUAUAGCAAUGUUUAAUGUUGCGAAAGGAGUUCGGGCAGAAUUGGAGCAAGAUCCGAAAUUCAGAAGAAAUGCCGAUAUUUUGAGUAGCCGAACAGCACCGGAACCGAUAGCAAGUGCUCCUCUUCAGGAGCAACCGAAACAAUCUCCCUCACUGCGGCAGAUGAAAAAUUUUUUCGAGCAGAACGUUCAACAAUUUCAUAAUGUUCUUAGCACUAAAAGGCCGCCACCGUUACCAUCAUCAAAACUAUUCAAUUUAGAACAUGUACGUAGUAUAUUUCGUACCAACAAUACUGUUCGCACAGAAUCACCAUCAAUGGCUAUCUCCACAUCUAUGAAUCCACAAACUAAGCAAGACAAUCCGUUUUUGGGGAAGUCGAUAAAACCAUUAGUUGAAACGCGUGAGGCUCAAGAAGAAAUGACUGGUGCUAAAUUGAAGAAAGAUAUGCGAACUUCGGAGAUAAUCGGCCGACAGAUGGUUAGCACUUCACAAAAUAUCGAGUCAACAAACAACGCUGAAAAAUUGGUAGAACGAAAGGUACAUUCGAUUAAUGAAACAAGUAAAAGAAAUAUACAAGCAAAUCCGACAUUUAUCAUCGAUAAACCAGUAAUUACAACAGGAAUCGAUAAAAGUCCUGAAAUGCGGAAAAAAAUUGUCUCGCAGGAACAACCUAUUGUUUUGCAAGAUAUUGCUAUGUUGGAAAAAGACUACGAUUCUCUUACUACUUCUAUCACACCACGGCGCUUAAACCAACCAUUUCCUGUAAAUGAUGCAGCAUUCGUUAAUGGUAGUAAGAAAACUCGAAGUGCCGCAGGUCCACCUGGAAUUUUAAUGAAAGAUGGAAAUAAUAUUCGAUUAGCGAACGAUUCAGGAAUUAAAACACCAAAAAAAGUUGCAUUUCGAUGUGAUAGAGAUAGUACUGGUUUUGCAAAGAAUAAACUCGAAGAAAGUAGAACAUCAAUUGAAACUCCACCAUCUGUUGUGCAGUAUGAUGAUGCUGUUGACGAGCCUCUUCAAAGAAUGCUGAAGCUAAGUGCUGAUAUUGGUGGUGAUCUGCAAACAGUGGGUAACAAAUUGUCGACAAUUUUCAUGGAACAGCGCAAUUUUAUUUGGUUAGCUGCUGGUCAAAAAGAACCAUCGAAUAAAGAGCUUCAGGCAAAGCUUAAUCCUUUGGUUAAGUUGAUGGAAGAUUUAUCAAUAUUCAAAGAAUCCAAAAGGAAUACACCUUUUUUCAAUCAUAUUUCAGCUGCAAGCGAGGGAAUUCAAGCGCUUGGAUGGCUCACAGUGAAACCUACGCCUGCACCAUUUAUCAAAGAUAUGUUUGAAGCAUCGAUGUUCUUUGUGAAUCGUGUACUGAAGGAAUGGAAGGAUAAUAAGAUUCAUACUGAAUGGGCGAAGUCAUGGUCAGAUGUUUUGAAUGCUUUGCAGAAAUAUGUACGGCAAGUACAUACUACGGGUCUUGUUUGGAACAGCUGCCCAGGCACAAAGCCACCAAUACUGGUAAAACAGGCCACUUCCAACAACAUUUUAUCUGGAGGUGUGCCACCUCCGCCUCCUCCUCCUCCUGUCCUGCCACCCGAUCUUUUUGCUGCUUCUGAAACAAAUGUUUCGACCGACAAAAGUGAUCGAGCAGCAUUGUUUGCGGAAAUUAAUGCUGGUGAAGAAAUUACAAAACGUCUGAAAAAAGUAACACCAGAUAUGCAAACACAUAAGAAUCCGGCACUUCGAUCGCAGCACAAAGAAAUUGAUGAUAGAACACGAAAUACGGAAACAACGUCAGCAGUAACUGAAAAUACGUCGCCAGUAAAAAAACAAGAAAGUAAACCGCCGAAAACAUGGUUAGAUAAUGGCAAGCAGUGGAACGUGGAAUACUAUAAAAAUAACAGCAAUGUGAUGGUUGAAGUUGGUGAUAUGAAACAGACAGUAUAUAUAUUCAAAUGCGAGAAUAGUGUCAUUCAGAUCAAGGGAAAGGUAAAUUCAGUAACAUUGGAUAGCUGUAAAAAGACAUCUGUUGUAUUUGACAGUCUUUUGUCUCAAUUUGAAACACUCGGUGCUAUGCCAACAUUAUCGAUCCAGAAAACUGAUGGUUGUCAGGUGUAUCUCAGUAAAAGUGCAAUAAAUGCAGAAUUAAUAACAAGUAAAUCAUCUGAAAUGAAUGUGCUUGUACCUGGUGCUGAAGAUGGUGAUUUCGUAGAAUUUGCUGUACCUGAACAGUUCAAAACAGUUUACGAUGGACAGAAAUUGAAGACGACAGUGUCCGACAUAUGCUAA